AUGUCCAUAGUGCAAGUAAUCAAGAAAGGCAUACUUUCGCUGUUUCGAUUUUUUACCACUUUCCUGAGCAAAAUAUUUUAUUGUUGCAAACGUCGGAAAAAUAUUGGAGAAUUGCCAUAUACUGUUUCACAACGUGACCGUCAGCAUACUCAUGCGUACCAGAAGCCAGGCGAAGAUCAGUGGCAAGGCUGGAGUAGCACACCAUUUGUGAAUGUGGUGGAGGAGAAAAUUGACGAAUAUCGACGAAAGAAAGCGGAGCAGCAGCAGCAGCACUCACCAACUGAAAAUGAACCAGAUUUCUUCAAUGAUAUGCAACCAAAAGUCGUGCAAGCUCGAAGGUCAAGUGAGCUUGGGACGCUGGAAGAGACGAACAUGGAUGACGAGGCGGAAAAGUGGGAUACGCAAAUUGACAUUGAUGGAGUGGAUAGUGUACUGCGUGAAGUAAGUAACUCUGUGUUGUAA